UCCCUUUUUUAAAUUUCAAUCACCAUUUCCACAUACGAAACUGCACUGUCAGUAACCUUAGAAACUCCCAAGAACUCUCUUCUCCACAUUUCCUUCCUCUUAUUUCUCCAUAUAUAUACGCAUAACAGAAGACAAGAUAGAAUAUUCUAAUCUUUUUCCUUCGAUCAUCUCUUCUUAACUAACCUUUAAUUAUUUUAGUUAUCAAUGGAGAUCACAGUCAUAUCAGCUCAAGGUCUCAAGAGCAAAUCUUCAGGCCCUUUCUCUCACCGUCUCCGCCCCUUCAUCACCAUCACCACUUACCCAUCAACUCCAUUCAACGGUAAUAAGAAGUGCCAUGUUUACUCUACAAGAAUUGAUGAUCAAGGAGGAGUUAAUCCCACCUGGGGUGAUAAAUUUCAUAUGCCUAUCGAUACUGCUUUUCUUGCUAACAGAUACAACUGUAUAUGCCUUGAGCUCUACACCAAAAGGCUUAUUAUGGGAAAAGUUUUAUUAGGUUGGUGCCAAAUUCCGGUCACUGAUAUUGGGUUCCCUCCGGUAAAUUCGGUUAAACACUUGAGUUACCGGAUACGUGCCAGAGAUGGUACAAGAGGUCACGGGACUGUCAAUCUUGCCAUUAAGUUAACUGGGUGUCAACCGGUUGUCGGACAAAGAUUAAUCUCAGAUUCAGAUAAUCAUCAUCAAAAGGAUUCUGAUACUUGUGAAACGGUGAUUGGUAUUCCGAUAAAAAGAGGGGGAAAGAAAGAAACAGCAACUGUUGCUCUUAUAAGAUGCGUAUGGCCGUGGAUCAACAAGGAAAGAUGGGUUUAGAUUCUAUUGUAGCUCCUGUGAACAGAAGAACAUACAAAAUUAUCAUAAAUAGGGGAUCCAGUCCAGGUCUAGGACAGAGGCUUGACCUUUGCAGAUUGGAAGAGACAAUUAGCACAUGGCUAUGUGGGUCUGUAUUUUUCCCUUGCGCAGUAUUUUCCUGGAAUUUAGCUAGUUGACUUGGUUUACUUGAUGUGAUUUUUCCGACUUUGUUC